GCCGCCGCCGCCACUGCCACUGCCACUGCUGCUACUGCUGCUACUGCAGCCCGAGCAUCUCGGAGCCGCCGCUGCCACCGUGGCCGCCGCUACUGCCACUAGCUCUGCUUCCAUCGCUGGCACCUCCCCUUCAGAACCCUGAGACCCCCCGAGCGCUUGCGGCGGCUGCUGCUUGCAUGCUUUCCCUCUCCCCCUGCCCCUCCCUUCCGUGACCUACCCACUCCUUGCAGCCCUAGUCCGCACCUUCUCCGACACUCCGGCGUCCCUGCACCACCUGCUCAGGCAGCGCCGGCAGGCGCUGGGACUUGCUGUGAGCACCGAGAGAAAGGCGAGCUCCGAACCCGUGCCUGGCAGGCGGGCUGUCGCGGCUGCACCACCAGCAGGAGGAGGAGCAGAAGAAACUAUUUCGCCCACCCAAACCUUAUUCUGUGGGUGCUUCGCCGCUGCCGCUUCUGCUACCGCGGAUCCGUGUUCGCGGGUUCUAACACCGCGGCAGCAGGGACCGUGGGUCCGGAGGGCGCCGCGAGGAGAACACCGGCGGAGCCUUGCACUCUGGUGCCCCGCUCACCAGCAUCUCCUUGCCCCUUCGUUCCUUCCCCAACCCUUUAAAGAAGGGACCAUGAUUUGGAAACGCAGCGCCGUUCUCCGCUUCUACAGUGUCUGCGGGCUCCUGCUACAAGCGGCUGCUUCAAAAAAUAAAGUUAAAGGCAGCCAAGGGCAGUUUCCACUAACACAAAAUGUAACAGUUGUUGAAGGAGGAACUGCAAUUUUGACCUGCAGGGUUGAUCAAAAUGAUAACACCUCCCUCCAGUGGUCAAAUCCAGCUCAACAGACUCUGUACUUUGAUGACAAGAAAGCUUUAAGAGACAAUAGGAUUGAGCUGGUUCGGGCUUCCUGGCAUGAACUGAGUAUCAGCGUCAGUGAUGUGUCUCUCUCCGAUGAAGGACAGUACACCUGUUCUUUAUUUACAAUGCCUGUCAAAACUUCCAAGGCCUAUCUCACUGUUCUGGGUGUUCCUGAAAAGCCUCAAAUUAGUGGAUUUUCAUCACCAGUUAUGGAGGGAGACUUGAUGCAGCUGACUUGUAAAACAUCUGGUAGUAAACCCGCAGCUGACAUAAGAUGGUUCAAAAAUGACAAAGAGAUUAAAGAUGUAAAAUAUUUAAAAGAAGAGGAUGCAAAUCGCAAGACUUUCACUGUCAGUAGCACACUGGACUUCCGAGUGGACCGGAGCGACGACGGCGUGGCGGUCAUCUGCAGAGUAGACCACGAAUCCCUCAAUGCCACUCCUCAGGUGGCAAUGCAGGUGCUAGAAAUACACUAUACACCAUCAGUUAAGAUUAUACCAUCCACUCCUUUUCCACAAGAAGGACAGCCUUUAAUUUUGACUUGUGAAUCCAAAGGAAAACCACUGCCAGAACCUGUUUUGUGGACAAAGGAUGGUGGAGAAUUACCAGAUCCUGACCGAAUGGUUGUGAGUGGUAGAGAGCUAAACAUUCUUUUCCUGAACAAGACGGAUAAUGGGACAUACCGAUGUGAAGCCACAAACACCAUUGGCCAAAGCAGUGCAGAGUACGUUCUUAUUGUGCACGAUCCCAAUGCUCUGGCUGGCCAGACUGGCCCUGAUCAUGCUCUUAUAGGAGGGAUAGUGGCUGUAGUUGUAUUUGUCACACUGUGUUCUAUAUUUCUGCUUGGUCGAUAUCUGGCAAGACAUAAAGGAACAUAUUUAACAAAUGAAGCUAAAGGAGCUGAAGAUGCACCAGAUGCUGACACAGCCAUUAUUAAUGCUGAAGGCAGCCAAGUCAAUGCUGAAGAGAAAAAAGAGUAUUUCAUUUAAAAUGCAGGCCAAGAUUCUGAGUUUUACUUAUCAGGCUGGCUGCUGGAGAAAACUGGCUAUCAUCUUUCAGAAUUCAUUUCUCCCAUCUUCUGCUACCUUUAUUAACUUCCACACCAUACUGCUAUCAGUAGCCAGUGUGUACCAACAAUCAGCUGUCAAAAGCAUUAUUCUUUAAUUACUGUACCAUUCAUAAUGCAGGACAUUUCUUACUGCCUAAAUUCCACAUCAUUGCUCUUUUAACAUACAGUGCUUGAAUAUACAGCCUUAACAAUGUUAAUCAUCUCUUUGGAUUAUGAUAUUGAAUUGUUUUUAUACAUUGAAAAAAAUGUAUACAGAGUCCCCGCUUUAAAUCAUAGACUGUGUCAGUUUGUCAUUGAACAACUAUCACAAGGAACGGGAUUAGAUAAAGAGCUAAUGUGCUUAAAUUUUAUCAGACAUUGGAGGUUUACGAUGUUUUCUACAUGUUUCUCUUCAAAGACGUGUUUAAAAACAUAUGCCCUAGGAAACAUCAACUGAAAACACUGUAGUAUAGAUUCUGGAAUGUUUGAGAUAUACUGGUAAAGCUGUAUCAGUUGCUAUCUAAAAAUAUAGUACUUGAUACAGGAGCCAUGUGUAUGAAUUGCAAUCAUGUCAUAAUAUCUUUAUGUAAUUAUAUAGAUCCCACCAUUAGGUUAUUUUAGCUUCAUUUACCAAAAAUUAUUACAAACAUUUUACCGCUUUGUAAAUCACAAAGAUUUCAUUCAUUUCUCUAAUUUGAUUCUGUAAUUUAUUUGCUCCACAACGACUCACCUGCCUAAACGAAAUUGAAAUAUCCAUAGGGCACAAUUUUGAGACAUUUUAGUAUGUGUAUAUAGUGCAUAUAUUAAUCCAAUUAAACAUUAUUUGAUACAUAUUUAACUUUUUUGGCUGUAGGUAAUUCAGUCAUAAGUAAGCAUUUUCUAAUGUCCAUUAUAUCCCUUUAGAUAUUACUUAUACCAAUAUUAUAAGUAGAUAACAUGUAUUAGUAUUUUGUCUGUAUGUCCUAGCACUGUUCAACAACAAAUUUUUCUAAUUAUUUUUAAUUUUUAUUUGUUAUACAAUGGAAGCACAAUGUUAUAAGGAAAGGUAAUUUUAAGCUAACAACCAGUGCACAGCCUCAGGUUUUAAAUUACAACCACAGUUGAAUAAUAACCUAAAAAUAUACUCUUAGUUUGCUAAAAAUUUACAAAUUUUAAUUUGGCAGUUCUAGAGCUGCUUACCUAUGUUGGUUUGCCAAAAAGAAGUGUUUAAGAUAUGUUUUCUGUAUAAAUGAACUAAUUCUUUAUAUUAAAUUCCUGUCUAUGCAUUUUGUGAGGUACAAACUUAUGAAACAGUGAGUGAUAGAGAAUUUCUGCCAUGCUUUUAACUUCAAGGUGAAAGUCUCUUUCUCUGAAUUAUUUCUGAAAUUUUAGUGUAUUUAACCAUUAGGAAAUGCUGUAUUCUUAAAUACAACACAGAAUCAAUCUAAAGUCAUAUUAUUCUUCUAGUAAAAUACAGUACUGCUAGAUUAGUUCUCAUUAAAUUUAUUAUAUGCUAAAGAUUAAAAAUCCAGUUAGAUAAAAAAUAUUUUCUGAUUCACGAGCACUUCAUCUUUAAGAAGAAAACAAAUAUGAAAAUAUGGUAGCUACACUUGUGAUGUCUGAAAGCAUGUGGCCUAUGUUUUGAAAAAUAAUAUCUUGGAAUUUAUUUUGGGAAAACGAGAAUGGUUGAGUACGACAUCAUGUGUUAAUAGCAAAUGAAAGACAAGGGUGCUGUAUCUUAGAUUAUUUAUCAGAAAAGUAUAAAUCUUUUAAAGACAAUGUUAGAAUUUUAAAUUGUUUUUUUGAUUGUUGAAGCAUUUAUCUUGUUGAUUUCUUACAAAAGAAAAAGGAUGAUGUCAGUCAAGCAGCACUUUUUCAGAAUAUACAAAACAUAAAUAAUAUGAUGUGGUUGAGUGUUAACAUAAUAAAUCAUAUACAGUAUGACAUUUUAAG